AUGGGCAAUAAAGCUAAGCUCCAGGUGACCGUCGUCCUGGGCCUAUCCCUGAUGGCCCUCCUCCUCCUGAGCAGCGUCGUUCAGGACGCUGCCGCCAUGCAAGGCUCGCUAAACUACCACAUGAUGGCGGCCGACCAGGAAAACGGAAGGAACGAGGACCUGUUCCGCCCCGACGCCAACGCCAAUGCCUACACCCGUGGGUGCGAGGCCACGGAAGGGUGCAGGGGCAUGGCGCGCUGA